AUGGAGAAUCGGGGACAUUUCCUCCAUGUCAAACCACCUAAAAACCUGCUCCUUCUACCAGAAAGAGGAACACAGCCGACCGAGACGGUUAUUGCUGACUGGGCUCCCUGUACCUGGCGUGUCCCCCUGCAGCCGGAGGGCCUGGGCCCGGUUGUUGUAGGCCGAGGCUUUCUGAGGCAGGAGCUGGAUCGCCUCGCUGAAAAGCUGAAGAGCGGCGUUCAAAUCCCCGGCCUCCGCGGCAGAAACCCCCCCCCUCUCCAGCUCCCUCACUCGCCUCAGCAACUCCCUAUAAUCACAAACCUGUGGAGCCUUCUCAGAUCUGAGGGCCUGUCAGAGGAUUUCUGCUGA